AUGGACAGUGGCUGCACUGAUCCAGAUUCGGAUCUUGAAGAAUUCGACUUCACUACUCCUCUUUCCCUCGAGGAAGCGAUAUGGCUCAUGGAUGAGUUGAUGUACCGUGAAGUACAGUACUCGAAACUGGUCGCCUGGCACCAGGGAUAUCCGCUUUCCCAGACCCUAUUUACUUCAGUUUACGUGGAGCGACUUCUCUGGCCGGAACCCAAAACCCUUUCAGAUGCCAAGUUCCAUCGAGACGUCUCGGGGACUCAAGCCGAUGCCUCCAUCCUUACAGUCAUUCUAGAACCUUUUUGCCUAGCAUUGAUCAAAUGCUGUGACCUUGUGCUCGCAAUGAUCUCGGAACAACACUAUUACGAGGAAGAAGAUUUUGCAACUCAGAUCUUUAAUCGUCCAUUGCUAUCGAGAAUUCCGCCACAAGAAAUACUAUCCAACCUUGACAGUGCGCGUUCUCGUCUUCCAAAACUUGGGCUGAAGCUGCCUCUUCAUGACGCCUUGAAAGCUCGCUUGGACGUGCGAUAUUUCCUUCUGAACAUUCUCCAAAAUUGCUCCACCGGGGCAUCAACAGAUACAAUAUCAAUUGAAGAGAUCACAUCUCUGAUCAAUUUUGUUGAAAAGACCAGCGGCCUUGGGCGAUCAAUCUCUGCAGAUGCGUUUACCCUCAAAAUGCAACGUCGACUCGCCAGCAGUGUGCCGCCGCGACCGAUGAUUGUGACUCAAAAAGAGGCAGCUUUCGUUUUCUUCAAACAGCUUGUCACGGAUGCUACCCGCGCGUUCGAGGUGCUCAAAAUUACGUGUAGUGUGGACCUACUCGUAGCAUAUCAAAGCUUUAUGGCUCAAGAUCCACAGCCCUCGGUCUAUGUCCGAGCCCUACUCCAAUCAUUUUUAACUCUGCAGGACAACAUACUAGGUCGUUUUACGCUGAGGCAGUUCAUCACCCAGGACCUACAAUUGAUGGUCUUACCGAAUAGCAUGCUCCUCACCGAAGCCACGGGCACCAGUCCAGCACUGAACGGCGAACAAAUCCAAGCCCUUGCUCAGUUUGACUACUUCAUCAACCGACUUGGCCCGUCCUAUCUCAACCUCUUCCGAACAUUUUGCCUGAAUCGAAGUCGAGUCCGUCGCAACUUGUGUCAUGCAGCACUUGAAUGGGAUCGAAUCCAAGCUGAAGCUGAAGAGCUUGAUAGUGUUGUGCAGUCUUCGUUUGGAGAACAACCUCAGAUGUAUUCAGACGCAGAUGAACCUACAUUUUCCUAUUCCCUCAGCAGUUGGGUUUACCAUUACAAGUUGAUGCAGCUUCGAGGAAUUGUGCAGAUGGGGUUUCAACUUUCGGUUUAUGCUCCGCAUGAAUACUCUAGCAUGUACUGGUAUUUAUCGUACUUAUCAAGCACCCAUUUGUCACAUUUGGAACGUAUCAGCUUUUUCGUUUCGGUUGAUCAACAGAAAAGCAAGGGUCAGCACGAGAAGAUGCAAAAAACCUUGCAUCAGCUCUACAGGCAUUUCACUUGGUUGAAGGCUACCGAGGCUCUGGCAAAAGCAUUGCACAGGGUUCUCGUUGUAGUCCAGCGCCAUGGCCAUUUGGUGCAGCCAAGACCGAGCUACUCCUCAGACCAUUUGAGAUAUGAAUUGAGAAUGCGCCCUUUCCAACACCUGUCAAUACCCGAGCCGUUACCACCAGAUGUCGCACAGCAGGCAUGUUCUCUGCAGGAAUUGUCGGAUAGUACGGUUCUCGAGCAAGCUCUACUGCUCAAUCAGACAGCCAAGAAGGCGUGGGAGGAAGUUCUAAAAGAAAAUUGGAACUCGCAAGCUGUUUCUGCCGGCAAUAUAUCUGCAACCAACACGAGUAGUGGUGCAGAAGACCAGGGCAUGGCCCCGGUUGUUGCGAGAGAAUGGACUAAGGAAGUGCGCAACUCUAUCAAGGCCUGUAUUGGAACCAGCAUCGCAAUCAGUGCUUUGAUCAAAGGCCUCCAAGGCGAGGAUGUAUCAAAAGGGAUUCGCGGUAUGAGAAUAAGCAUUCCACAAGUGGGAGAUCGAGAUCGUUGGCAUCCGGCGUGGGCAGUUCCCAAAGUGCUCAGCUAG